AUGGGAUUCGGGAUUGCCCCGCAGGAUAAUUAUAUUUUGAACAAAUCACCCGGAAUCGGCUAUAUAUCAACGAUCGAAUGGCCAUUAGUUUUAUCAUUGUUGGCUUCAUGGGUUUUAGUAUUUAUAUGUUUAAUUCGUGGUACUAAAAGUUUUAGCAAAGUAGUUUACUUUACCGUCAUAUUUCCAUACGUGAUUUUACUGAUUUUGGGUAUUCGCGGUUGGAUGUUACCUGGAGCAAGUAAAGGCAUAUUAUUUUAUAUAAGACCUGUGUUUAGCAAAUUACUCGAUGCUCGUGUAUGGAAUGAUGCAGCAAAUCAAAUUUUUUUUGUUUUAUCAGUUAGCUAUGGCGGUCUUAUCACGCUCUCAAGUUACAAUCGUUUCAAUCAAAAUACUCUGAGUAAUACAUUGAUUAUUACAAUCACCAAUGUUAUUACAUCCAUCUUUGCCGGCUUUGUUAUAUUUGCAUUCUUGGGCUAUCUGGCAUAUAUAACUGGCCAAGAAGUUACCAGUGUGGUAACGGAAGGUCCAGGAUUAGCAUUUGUUAUUUACUCAUUUGCUGUUACAACUCUACCAGGAGCUCCUCUAUGGUCUAUAUUAUUUUUUCUCAUGCUGAUAGCAUUGGGUACUAGUACGGUGUUAGUAUCGGUCGACACAAUAACAACAGUUUUCACCGAUCAAUUUAACUCAUUGAGACCGUAUAAAACAUUUCUUACAUUGAUUGCCUGUGUAAUUAUGUUUUUGCUGGGAUUGGUUUUAUGUACUGAUGCUGGCAUAUAUUGGCUUGAAUUACUGGAUAGAUUUAUUGGUUCUUGGACGGCACUGACCAUCGCUCUUCUUGAAUGUAUUUGUAUUGCCUAUGUUUAUGGAGGCAAUAAUUUUCGUUCUAAUAUACAAUCAAUGUUUGGAUCUAAUCAUUUUGCUGUUAAAACAUACAGAAUAUUUCAAUUUUGUUGGUUAUUUGCAACACCUGCACUACUUGCCGUUCGUAUUUUGUACUAUAAUUUGUACAAAUCUUUUUGUCCGUUUUGA